AUAGUCGACACUCGAUAAAGGCUAGCUCGAGUCGAGUUUCGCGUUUCGACAGUUCGACUUUCGAGUCAGUGUGUGCGCGAGAGUGUGGCGAGACACUAGUGUGCUUGCGCCAUUAUCCGUCUCCUUUGUGACGUAGGAAAUGAACAUUUGAAUUAGCUUCCAUUGUGAUUUAUACAAAAUGAAAGUGGACAGAGAAUCAAUCGCUGGUCCAGUGGACACUAAACCAAUUAUCAUCGACAGGAAGGGGAGUUUGAAGGUGACUAUCACUCCAGCUCAGCCGAAGACCCUUACACACUUGCCGAAGCGGCCCCCAGUGGAUCUGGCUUUCACAGACCUCACCUACAAGGUCCAAGAGGGCAGAAAAAGCAAUGAAAAAAUUAUACUCAAAUCCGUUUCGGGGCGCCUCAGAUCCGGCGAGCUGACGGCCAUCAUGGGCCCGUCAGGCGCUGGCAAGUCUACACUACUCAAUAUACUGACUGGUUACAAAACCUCAGGUAUGGAAGGCAGCAUCACAGUCAACGGUAUGGAGCGCAACCUGUCCAGCUUCCGCAAGCUGUCGUGUUACAUCAUGCAGGACAACCAGCUGCACGGAAACCUGACAGUCGAGGAGGCGAUGAAGGUGGCGACCUCGCUGAAGCUGCCCAGCACCACGUCCAAAGAGGACAAGGAGGAAGUGAUUCAAGAAAUCCUCGAAACUCUCGGCCUAUCAGAGCACCACAAAACAAUGACGUCCAACCUAUCCGGUGGUCAAAAGAAACGUUUAUCUAUUGCCUUGGAGCUGGUGAACAACCCACCGAUCAUGUUCUUCGAUGAGCCCACCUCCGGCUUGGACAGUUCCUCGUGCUUCCAAUGUAUUUCUCUAUUGAAGACAUUGGCGCGGGGCGGCAGGACCAUCAUCUGUACCAUUCACCAACCGUCUGCGAGACUGUUCGAAAUGUUCGACCACUUGUACACGUUGGCUGACGGCCAGUGUGUGUAUCAAGGGAGCACCGGACGCUUGGUGGAGUGGCUCGGCAGCCUGAGUCUGCAGUGUCCCUCGUACCACAACCCCGCGUCCUUCAUCAUCGAGGUGUCCUGCGGGGAGUACGGCGACAACACUGGCAAGCUCGUGCGCGCUAUCGAGAACGGCAAGAAUGAUAUCAGAAAUGGCGUCCCGUUCCCGAAAUUGGCGAACUACAACAACCAGAAGGACAUGGACCUUUCGUUGAAGAACGCGGCGCAGUGGGAUAAGAAUGACGCGGCGCAGAUCCAGGAGAAGUUCGGAGGAGAGGUGGCGAAUGGCGCCAACGGAACGAGCAAUCUGCAGAAUGGACUCUUGCAAUUUGCAGCCAGUGAGAUCGCGAAGGGAAAAGCAGGAGAACCUCUGGUGGUUCAGAUGGACAACGAGAAGCAAGACAACGCUGAGGUGGCACUCCUGGGUACUGAUGGCUCACCCAGGAGAUAUGCCACAUCCGAGCUGAAGCAGUUUUGGGUGGUGCUCAAACGAACCCUGCUGUUCAGCAGGAGAGAUUGGACGUUGAUGUACCUGCGUCUGUUCGCACACAUCCUGGUCGGGUUCCUCAUCGGCGCUCUCUACUACGACAUCGGCAACGACGGCUCCAAAGUCCUCUCCAACCUUGGCUUCCUGUUCUUCAACAUGCUCUUCCUCAUGUACACCUCGAUGACCAUCACUAUUUUGAGUUUUCCACUUGAAAUGCCCGUCCUGGUGAAAGAACACUUCAACCGCUGGUAUUCUCUUCGCUCCUACUAUUUAGCCAUCACCGUCUCUGAUCUACCCUUCCAGGCCAUAUUCUGCAUAAUCUACGUGGUGAUCGUGUACCUGCUGACGUCACAGCCGCUCGAGUGGUUCCGGUUCUCCAUGUUCCUCUCGUCGUGUCUGCUCAUCUCGUUCGUAGCGCAGAGCGUCGGGCUCGUAGUGGGCGCGGCCAUGAACGUGCAGAACGGCGUGUUCCUCGCUCCCGUGAUGUCGGUACCGUUCCUGUUGUUCAGCGGGUUCUUCGUGUCGUUCAACGCUAUCCCGGUAUACCUCAGGUGGAUCACCUACAUCUCGUAUAUCAGAUACGGGUUCGAGGGCACUGCUCUCGCUACCUACUCCUUCAACAGGACCAAUCUGGCGUGCCACCAGAGCUAUUGUCACUUCAAGAAACCAGAGACAACAUUGGAAGAGCUAGACAUGACGGACGCGGACUUCACGCUCGACAUCGCGGCGCUCUGUCUGAUAUUCCUGGUUCUACGUCUUUCUGCUUUCCUGUUCCUACGAUGGAAGCUGCGCUCCACGCGGUAGAGUACACCUUAUGCGCGUAGGAAUAGAGUCUAAAAUACAGGUACUAGAGUCGAUUAUAUUCAGCUGCUGAUAUACUCAGAGGCGUAUGUUUAGUUCUCGUUGUCUAUGCUGGUCGCGCUAGUUAAGAAUGGGAUUACUAAAUGCGUCGCCUCUAUAAUUUACUACUCAAACAAUAUCGCCGUCUAUUUGAAUCGUAAUAUUGAAGAAUUUUUUUUAAUGCUGACGGUACAUGUUAGACGCCAUUUUUGUUCCCAUUUUUAACCUGCUCGACUAGUUCAUCUGAUUCUUUCUAAUUUAAUAGAAUAUAUAUAGACAAGAGGGGUCUUAUAGUGUUAAUAUAAAUUGUCAAAUUAAAUAUUGUACACUCAAUAUUAACGUUUUUGCUAUAAGAUUUUAUACAGAGUAAAUAUUUAAUUGUUAUUACUCGUAGGCCUCAAAAAAUCGUUAUUUAAUUUAAAAAAAUACAAUUGUAUACCAAAAUGUUUUUAUUACUGUAAAAAUGUCGCUUUUUGUAACAGGGGCGUUUUUAUAUAAACGCCUUAUUCACCAGACUGAUUUUAAAAUCUACCGGAAACUUCCAAAACGCCUUUUUACACAGAUUUGAGUAUUUUAUUUUUGUAUUAUAACAUACGUAUAGAUUAACCCCUUUAUUCAUAAUACUCUGCUAUCUUAAAGCAUUGCUAAAUCUCACUCCGUCUUCUUCUAUUGACCUAAGUCAGAAUGAGAAAAAACACUCCUAAGCGGCUGUUUAAAGUUAGCGGACCAUUACGAAGAAGGGGGUUAAUAUAUUUAAUAUUUAACAAAAACACAAUAUAAUUAUUAAAUUAUCCUUUUAAAUACUAUAAAAAACUACAGCUUAUUUUAAAACGGUAUGGCUUCUUAUAUUAUCGUAUACAGUGACAUUUUUUCACUAUUGUAUAUAUUUUUUGUAUCACAACAGCUGAAGCAGUAACUAAUAUUUACAACACAACACGAAGUAUAGUAAUCAUAUUAUAAAUAAUAAAUUCCCUUGAACGACGCCCGUCCGUCGUAAAUGAUUUUCAUUGUGAUAAUAUUGAAUGUGAUUGAAAAAAUAUUUCAAGUAUCGAAUUAUAUUUUUCUGUCGAUAAUUAUUAUAAUAAAUAAUUAUUAUUAAUUUGAAAUGUUUAAGAUGUGAUUUGAAAUUAGGUGUAAGAUUAGAUCAUUUAUACGUCCAGAUAGACUGUGACAGCUGUGAAAACGUCGACAAAAAUUGAGUUUAGAGUUAAUCUCUAUUGUGAGCAAUUUACGCACCUAAACACAGUGUCAUACAAAUCGCGAGUGUAAGACGUAGCUUGUCACGCACACUACACUAAUAUUCCUGGCCUGUUUUUAUCGGUUGUCUAACAGCAAGAGACUAUCUAGACAUAUAAGUAAUCAAAGGUGUAAGUAUAGAUUAGUGCUACAAUAUCGGCAUGAAGGAGAGUUUCCACUACACAAUUAAUGUAGAAAAGUGACCUAAAUUGGAAGUAUCAGAACGUUCCAAGUUUAAUUACCCGAUUGAAGUGAAUUUUAUUCUUGUGUGCGACCAGUGGCGUGUAUAGAUUAAAAUUAAAUUGAAAAUAGUUAUUUUUAAUAUUAAUUACCGAUAAAGGGUUCAAUCAAGAUUGUUUUAUUAAGAAUUUUUCUUAUUUAUUAGCCUUUGACUCCGCUUACCUCAAUACAAUAAUUUGAAAAUUUGAUUUAAAUAUUAAAUGAAACACGCUACUAAUCGCAUCAAACUAUUCAAUUUUGUGUAUUUUCACAUUGUUUUGGUUAUAUAACGUCUUUUAUAAAUAUAUAAUCUAGAAAGGUAUGGGAAAUGAGGAGAUUUAAAACCAUGACAAUAUAUUAUUCAUGUUCGCCUUGGUGCCUUUGAUAAAAAAAAAAUGCUUUCGAUGUGGCCUUAUUUGUAUAUAUUUUUGUAUCAAUCUGUAUUGCUGAAAGCUAUUUAGAGAAUCAUUCCAAAAAUGUCAUUUAUAUAAUUUAGGCUCAUAAAUACUGAUUGAUGUGUGCCAGAUGAACCAUUCAUUUGCUCUCGUUUUCUCUUCCAUAUAUAUUUUUUUAACUCCAGUUAAGUCACCAUUUUGGAAUAAUGUGACUCUACAAGAGAAAACGCAACUGUUAACAGGACUUUUUAGAAAAUUUGAAUUUUUGUUAUGCUUCGAAAACAAUUCUUUUUUACGUGCUAGAAAAUUAAAAAAAAACAUCUAUUAUAAAAUGACAUAUUCCUUAUUAAAUUGAGUAAGGUUUACAUUUCUCGACUUUUUCAUAAGCUUCUCAAAACAAAUCAUAUUAUAUUUCAUAUCAAACUAUUAUUGUCUGCAAAUGAUAAUAUCUAAUAGCUACAAUAAUUUUAUGAGGAAUAAUUAACAGGAUUUUUACCAUUACACAAUAUUUUUUGAGUGGUGGCAGUAAUUAUCAGUAAGUAGUUGGUCGUUAUUCUCGGAUACAUAUAUCGAUCUACCCUCUUUUAACUGUAUACUGCGUCGAAUUUGGAUAUCUUUAUACUAUAUAUAUUUAGUUGCAGUAUCAUUUUCGAACUCAACUAGAUCACUGCACUCCAUCAUUGUAUCCCGUUAAUAAUUGUUAUAAGUAUUCAAUUCAGUUCAAAUAAGUUAUAAAAUAAUUUGUUUACUAAACUUAUACUAAUUUCUUGAACAUAAUGAUUCAUCUACCACAUUGGUGUAAUUGCUCACGGAAUUUAUUCUAUGUCUUGCCUAUUGGCUUGCCUUUCUGUAACAAUAUAUUA